AUGGAGAAUAUGAGGACAUGGAUUUUUGCAGACGAGCUGUCUACCUGCACCCUCUCCCACGAUAUCCACACACCCGUCAACAUCCAAGUUCUGAAAAACCAUGGGAUUUUUGGCCUCAAUGAGGCCCAGCUUCGGAUUCUGCUGCUACAGAAUGACCCCUGCCUUUUACCAGAGGUCUGUUUGUGCUACAACAAAGGUGAAGCCCUGUAUGGUUACUGCAUCCUCAAGGACAAAUGCAACAAGUUUCAUGUGUGCAAGUCCUUUGUCAGGGGCGAGUGCAGGCUUCCGAAAUGCAAACGGUCGCAUCAGCUCAUUCAUCCGUCAUCCUUGAAACUGCUGGAGGACCAGGGGCUGAAUAUUUCCAGUGUUGUUAAUUUCCAGAUAAUCUCCACCUACAGGCACGAGAAGCUGCACAAGAUGCUUGAAAAUAAAGAUAAUUCAGCUGCUUCUGCUGAGCAUCCGCAGGGCCUUGAGAAACAAGGAGGGCCCACUCCUGGGGCUGCAGAAGCCCGUGCCCUGGCUCCUGCUCCCGCCCAGUUGGCCAAGAAGCCAUGCGCAGGUAAACCGUAGAGGACGCCUGUCUGUGAAGUAAGAAGACGCUUGUCCAACUGGAAGGUCUGAAAACAAAGCUGCUGUUGAGCUUUGAUUUGUAACCCUUCAUUCAUUGAAUUCGUUCUUUAAAAUACCUACCUCACAGGGUGUUGUGAGAAUGGAAGAAGAUGGGAAACGAGACAUUGUCAGAUUUCGAGGACAAGAUUGGGGAUGUGGCUGGACACUGAGCAGGCAAAGAGGCUAGCACCUGAGUGCAGAUGGGCUCAGUGCCAGGCAGGCCCUGGAGGUGGCAGCUCCUGCCUGCGGUCCCUGAGCUUCCCCCGCUGCUGGCCGAGCUCUUAAAAAGGCUGGUGUCUGCUGACUUGCUCUGUGACCCAGCCACGUGUUUUUCUGUGCCUGUAUUUACAGUUCGAGUACAUAAACUGCAUAUUCUGAUUUUUAUUUUUUCCACUUAAUAUGCCAUAAGCAUCUUCCCAUAUUGUGCACAUUUAUCAUGCAUAAUCAUUUUUAUGCACAGAUAGCACGAAUAUAUCCUAGUUUACUUACCUGUUUUCCUUAUUCUGGGAUAUUUUGAUUUUAACGAAUUUUGCGUAUGACUUAAAAUCCACACAAUAUUGAAUUUUUAAACUUAGUCUUUUGCUUAGCUUAUUGUUAAAAUGAUACUGUCUUUUGAUUUGUAUUUCUUUAAAUUUACAUGCAAGUGAGUAUUUUCUGUGUCUGUAGGUCUUUAUUUUGUGCAUUUUGCAUGUGCCCUUUAAUGACUGGGGCAUGUGAUUACCUCCUCUGUGCCCAUGGGGGAUCACCUUUAGUUAGGCUUCUUAAUUUUUAUAAAAGGAUGUCAACCAUACUGUGCUCAUAUAAUAUCUAACUCUUGUGGCGAUAUCCUCAGGCAACACAGAGAGUGCAUAACUUUUGGGUGCUCACCAGAGAUUUCUACCUCACUUCUACUCUGCUGUUAGGAAACUUUGACCAAAGCCCAGUUGCUGUGGUUUGAUGGAUGUGUAGUUCAUCCAUUCCUCAAAAUUGUAUCCAUUCUUUUUUUUU